AUGUCGUCGUUGAUCAACCGAAGUGGAAGAAGUAGAAAGAAAAGCGAGAGGAUAUUACUAAAGACGGCAUUCAGCAAAUUCACUAAUGAAGAAUCCAAUCCAUUGCUUAUUGAUGUUGAAGAUGAAGACAAUGAAGGAAACGAACUAGUACACCCUCAUAUUAGAAGAGAAGGACAAAAUAAGUGUUCAACACCUAAGAAGAAAACUAAAAAACAAAUUGGUGGUGUGGGGGAACGUGUUAAAUGCACACCAGCUCAUUCAAUGCGAAGGGAUCUUAAAGUUGUAGUUUUGAGCUCAGAUUCAAGUUUGAUUGAAAGUUAUGACAUGACAGAAGAUAGUGGACUAAACAGGGAAAAUGAAUUGAGAACAAAAAGACGUUUUGAUAGAUGUAAAAUAAAAGGUGAUGAAGUUGUUGUUAUAAACUCAUUUUCAGGAAAAGAUAAUGUUACUGUCAAGAAGCUUGAUGAAGAUGAAGACUCUGGUUUUGAAGAUGACAAACCUGUGGUAACAAGGAAAAAGAGAAGGCAGCGUACUUCAUUCACAGAUGAUGACAAAGAAAAUGUGAAGGAAUUUAAAAGACAAAGGAAUAAAGAAGGAAAUGUAGUGAAGGCAAGAAAACUGCCUAAAGUUGUAGCAAGUGAUGCAGAAGAAUCAAGGCGAAUACAAGUACGGACAUCUCCAAAUGUUUUGUACAGUUGUAUGCAUAACCUUAGCAAGGAACAAGAAGCUUAUAUUUCUUCUAUUGGUCUGGGGCAUUUGUUGAAUAUGAAAGUGGAUGGGUGUGCAUCAAUUAUGGGGCAUUAUAUUGUCAGGAGUUUUAAUGCAAAUAGGAUGGUACUCAAACUUCAUCAUGGAGAGAUACCAAUCAAUCGGCAAGUUAUUCACGAAAUGUUGGGUCUGCCUUUGGGACAUGUUACAAUAAAGUCCAUGCCUUAUAGAAAAGUCACAGACGACACGAUAACUGUUUGGAUAAAACAAUUCGAAGAUGAAGAUAAUAUUAGACCAAGGGCAGUUCAACAAGUUAUUAUGCAAUCAACACGUGCAGAUUUAAUGUUUAAAGUAAUCAUCUUUGUCCUGUUGUGUAAUACACUAGGUCAGUCGAUGAGCAUAGGAACAUGUGACCUGUCGAUGUUAUCAAAAGUGACGAAAGACCUGGAUCUAAGUGACAUUUAUUGGUGUGUAUAUGUUUUUGAUUACCUUAAAGGGACAAAAAGUGCAUGGAAUCCAAACAACAAAAAAGGAUUCUAUGUUGGGCCAAUUAUAUUACUGCUGUUGCUAUACGUAGAAAGUGUUCGGUGCGAUUCAGUGAAGAUUGUACGAUGCAGACCAGCAAUAUGUUGUUGGAAUGUUGAUAAACUACGUAAGCGAAAAAGAGUAGAUUGUAGGACAAUUGGUUUGGGUAUGGGUGAAUUGCAAGAUCCAUUUCAAGUCAUCAAUGAAGCAUCGGGAACUGGUAAUGUAGGGCAAGAAAAAGUUCAGGGAAAUGAUGCAGGAGGUGUAAGGUGUAAGGGAAAUCAAGGAGAUGAUAUUUUUAGUGGAAGUGGGGAAAGUGUUGAGACAACUAUUUCAACAAUAAAGGAGAUGUACGACAUGAUAUUGCAGCAAAAGAAAGUGUUGGAAGACAAAAUAAAUGAUGCUGUCAAGAAAUAUCCUGAUAAUCAAUUGGUCAAAGAAUGGAAAAACAAAGUAAAUGAUUUGUUUAGUGAAGUUUCCGCAUCAGAGGAACCAGAACAAUCUCAAUGGUGGUAUGAUAACGAGGCUGAAAUUGAACGUACGCUAAUUCUAGCUACAACUAACAAACAGUUUGACAACUCCCCGAUAGCAAAAUGUAGUAUUCAAAUGUCACAGGAAUAUGCAGACUUCGCGAAUAGAUCUGGAACAAAAUCUUUUAAGAAUACACCACCAUCUAAAAUGGAAAUGCCAAUUCCUUUGUCUGUAGUACCAUUCAACAAUGAUGAACAUUGGGUUAGUAGAAGAGGUUACAUGCCUCACAUGAAAUCCGAAUAUCUGAAAUCUCCUUACAUUAUACGGGCUGUUGAUAUCAUCAAAGGAGUUCCACGGCAGGAAAAACGUGUAGCAGAAUGGAUAUUCUCUCUCAAGGGAGAGCCAAAAGGUUUCACAUGGAAAGUUUUUUUUCCAACAUGUGAACUAUUUGGCCAUGUCAUUGAUUGUUGGAGUCAAGUGUUGAAUCUUGAUGAAAGUAAGCGUGCACCUGAAUCACCUCUGAGAGUUUAUUGCAAGACAGAUGUGACGAAUUCGUAUCUUGAAAGUGAUUUAACAGAAAGUCAAUGUAAAGAUAAAUUCAUUGAGAAUUUGGUGCUUUCUAUUGAAGAUAUGGACGCAAGCCUACGUUUUGUUGGAUUGCUUUUCCUACCAAUCAUUCGUUCCUUCCACAUUUUCCUUUUUGUGAUCAAUCUACAACACCCAAAGUUUGUAAUCAUUGACAAUAGUAAAGUUGAUGAUCCUGAUGAGUACAUAGUUGAUUACUUAAAAUCUCAUAAUCAUCCAAAAGUUGAGAUGUUUUCGCAUGUGAUGCCACAUAGAUUGGAAAUGCCUUGGAGAACAAUAAACAACAUCAUUGAUUGUGGUAUGUUUACGAUGCGUCACAUGGAAACAUAUAUGGGUGGAAGUAUGAAUGAGUUUAAAGUUGGAUUCAAGAACGAGUCUUCUUCACAAGAUGAUCAACUUGUUAAACUGAGGACAAAGUAUUUAUACAAAAUCAUCACUCAUGAAUAUAAUGUGCAAAAGGAUUAUGUGCUGCGAAAGGUUAAUGAAUUCCACAAGAUUCCUUCAAAACAACGUUCUCAACUGUUGGCCAUUGCAAAGGAAGAAAUUCACAGGAGAUUGGAUGAUUUAAGUUAA